CAGUUGUAGUCGGCAAACGCGAACAGCCACAAGGCGGCAGCGGAGUAACAGCAGCAGCAAAAAUCGAAACGAGUUUUUCGUUUGCGUAAAAUUUACAACCUAAUUAGUUUCCAAAUCAUUAACAAAUCUUUUUUUUUAUAAAAAAUGAGCGGGAAAGCUGAUAUUGCCCUCAUUGGAUUGGCUGUAAUGGGUCAAAAUCUAAUACUAAACAUGGACGAGAAGGGUUUUGUGGUGUGUGCGUAUAAUCGCACCGUAUCGAAGGUUCAAGACUUUCUAAACAACGAGGCCAAAGGCACCAAAGUGAUUGGCGCCGACUCAUUGAAGGACAUGGUCGACAAGCUGAAAAUGCCACGCAAAAUUAUGUUGCUUGUCAAGGCUGGCAACGCUGUGGAUGAUUUCAUUGGUCAACUGGUGCCACUGUUGUCGCCCGGCGACGUUAUCAUCGAUGGCGGCAACUCUGAAUAUCAGGACACAUCGCGUCGCUGCGAUGAACUGGAGAAGCUCGGACUUCUCUUUGUCGGCUCCGGCGUCAGUGGCGGUGAGGAGGGCGCCCGUCACGGACCAUCCCUAAUGCCCGGCGGACAUGCGGCCGCCUGGCCACUGAUCCAGCCAAUCUUCCAAGCGAUCUGCGCCAAAGCGGACGGUGAACCAUGCUGCGAAUGGGUGGGCGAUGCGGGCGCCGGCCACUUUGUGAAGAUGGUGCACAAUGGCAUCGAAUACGGCGACAUGCAACUGAUCUGCGAGGCCUAUCAUCUGAUGCAGUGUUUGGGCCUAACACCGCAACAAAUGUCCGAUGUGUUUGGCCAAUGGAAUGGGGAGGAGCUCGACUCGUUCCUCAUCGAGAUCACACGCGAUAUACUCAAGUACAGGGACGCCGGCGGUCAUCUGCUGGAGCGUAUACGCGACACGGCCGGACAAAAGGGCACCGGCAAAUGGACAGCGAUUGCAGCCCUCCAAUAUGGUGUGCCCGUUACGCUCAUCGGCGAAGCCGUCUUCUCGCGCUGCCUCUCGGCGCUCAAGGAUGAACGGGUUCAGGCGAGCACUGUGCUCGCCGGACCCGCUCAGAACUCGUGCACCGUGGAUAUGAAGAAAUUCUUGAAUAGCCUCAAGCAUGCACUGUACUGUGCCAAGAUUGUCAGCUAUGCGCAGGGCUUUAUGCUGAUGCGCGAGGCGGCCAGCGAGAAUAAAUGGAGUCUCAAUUAUGGUGGCAUCGCAUUGAUGUGGCGCGGCGGUUGCAUCAUACGCAGCGUCUUUCUCGGUAACAUCAAGGAUGCGUACACCCGACAGCCGAAGCUCUCCAAUCUGCUGCUCGAUGACUUCUUUAGGCGGGCCAUCGCCGAGGGCCAGGAGUCGUGGCGUGAGGUUGUCGCCAAGGCCUUCCUUUGGGGCAUACCGGUGCCGGCUCUAUCCACCGCACUCAGCUUCUAUGAUGGCUAUCGCACCGCCAAGUUGCCAGCGAAUCUUUUGCAAGCGCAACGUGAUUAUUUUGGUGCCCACACCUACGAGCUGCUGGGCAAGGAGGGGCAGUUUCAUCAUACCAAUUGGACGGGCACCGGUGGCAACGUCUCCGCCAGCACCUAUCAGGCAUAGAUUGCGACCACGUGUACAUAUAUAUAUAUACAUUAUAUAUAUAUAUACGUUGGAGCAUACAUUCCACAUGUAUAUGUUUAUACGGUGAUCUUUGUUUCACAAUAUUGCAAUUUGUUUAUUAUUUUAAUGCUGAGAAAUGUUCGCGUUUGUUUCUAAGUUCUUUUUUAUUUUCAAUGUUUUGUAGUUUCGAAUUUAUAAAAUGUUUUUCAUUUCAUUUCGAAUUCAUUCAAAUUAUCUCCAACCGUUGCUGUUUUGCAUAUGGAAUAUAAUAUAAUUAAUUUCAUCAACUUGAAAAUUAAGUUUGAAAUUAAUGGGUUUUUCUUCCUCUGAAUUUUUUUCGAGUUUUAAUUUUUUUUUAUUAAUUUAUUAUUAACGUUAAUUUAAUUUAAUUUGUUGAUCAAUGGAAGUUGUCAAAGCGAGCGAGCACUGUAUACAGUCUGUAUACCUCUUUAUAUCCAAUAUACUCUGGGGCCUUUUGGUCUACAAUUGUGUUUCUCUUUCCUUUUUUUGUUUUGUCGAGUAAGGCUAGCAGUACUUAGUUAUAAAAUUUGUAAUUAAACAAAAAAUAUACAAACGUA